AUGGAGAAGAUUUCGUUAGGUACGCGCGUAGCCAUACGUGCUACCAAGUUUGAUCCAAAAGACAGUGACAACUCGUGGAGUAGGUGCUAUUUUGGUGAUAAUUUUUCGACAGCGUUAUGUUGGGGGACAGUUACUGCUAAAAAUAAUGAUAAAAUAUCAAUAGUAUGGGAUAUUGAUAGCAAAACAACCAAAGUACGGUUUCAAGACCUGGACAAGAUUGAAAAAGUACAAAGUUCACAUGGUGAUGGUGCCAGUACACCUCAGGCUGGGCCUUCACGAAGUCGACGAUAUGAACUCUCAGACACAUCUGACUCUUCAUCAAGCUCUUCAUCUUCUGAUGAAGACGAUUUGCCAACACAGAACGAUACAAUUCUGGCACACUCGACAAAAUGGACGUUUACAGAAAAUAUAGAAAAUGAUGAAUAUAAAGAAGGUUAUUAUAAACCAAAAUUAACCACAACUGAUAUGAUGAAUAUGAGUGAACUCGAUUAUUUUGAAUUAUUUUUCCCUACAGAAAAACUCAAUUUAAUCUUACACUACACUAAUUUAAAAUUGGCACAAGGCAGAAAACCAAUCUCCAGACAAGAAUUGUAUAAAUUUAUAGGAAUGUUACUGGCAAUGAGUGUUAAUACACUAACUCCAAGACGAAAGUACUGGAAAAAUACAGAUACUGGCGUAUUUCCUCCCGCUGCAUUUGGAAAACGAUUUGGCUUAGGAUUGCACCGGUUUGAAGAAAUUAUGCACGCGUUAUCUUUUGCCAAUCCCGACGAAGAUGUUGGAGACGAUAAAUGGUUUCAGCCCCGGGCCUUAGUUAAUUUCUUAAACGAAAAAUGGCCAAGUAUCAUGACUGCUGGCUACAAGCUAACUUGCGACGAAUCCAUGUUUUCUUGGUAUGGCAAAGGAGCACAUCAAAAUGGAAUGCCGGCUGUUAUAAAAAUCAAAAGAAAACCUAAAGGCGUCGGUUGUGAAAUGAAAACACUGGCUGACGCACAAACGCGCAUUAUGUUGCAGAUGGAAAUAAACGAAGGAAAAGACGCAAUGCAAGAAAAAAGAUGGCAAAGAGAAUUGGGCGCGGGAACAGCUACCACCUUACGUCUCACUCAAAAAUGGCAUGGAACGAGCAGAAUGAUAAUUGGAGAUGCUUGGUUUGGAUCAGUCAAAACUACUGUUGAGUUGAGAAAAAGGGGAUUAUAUUUCUUAGGGAUCGUCAAAGUCGCUACGACAAAUUAUCCUUCAAAAAUAAUAAAAAGCAAAUGCCCUGAAGAAAAGGGAAGAUAUGCAACUGCUACCGCAGAAAUUAACAACACAAAACUCAUAGCUCUUGCUUGGAGAGAUCGAAAAGUUCACACAUUUAUUGGUAGCUGUGGGACCACAAUAGACGGGGAACCGUGUAAAAAACGAAGAUUCGACGAAGAAGGCAAUCUGUAUUAUAAAUCAGUGAAACGCCCAAAACUGGUUCAAACAUACUUUGAUGGAGCCCCUGCGAUUGACAUUCACAACCACAUACGUCAAAGUGGACUAUCUUUAGAAACAGUAUGGAAUACACAAAAUUGGGAGCACAGAAUGUAUGCUAGUUUAUUUGGAAUAAUAGAAACGAAUGCUUUUUUGGCAUAUAAUUAUUUUGCUUCUAAAAAUGUAGAUCAUCAAACUUUUACAGAAAAUCUGGCCAUACAAUUAAUCAAUGGACCAACGGAAAAAAGAAAUGUGGAUAGACAUCAGUCCCUUCCUCACGAAUUAGAUGUUUCCAAUAAUAAUAAUGAUCCACAUGUUUUAAAGCCGUUGAGUUCCACAAACCCAAAUAAACAACGCAUUCAAAGAAAAUGUAUUAUUUGCUCCAGAAUCAAAAAAGUGCAGCAAAAGGCAUCAUAUUUUUGUGUACCUUGUGGAGAAAGGGCUGUAAUGUGUAGUCCUCAGACAGGCAGAGACUGUUUUGUUUACCACAUCCGAAAUGGAAUUCCUGCUUAA